GAGAGAGAGAUGGGCGUGUAGGCGCUACAGGAGGACUCGUCUGUUUUCUUCUCAUCUUCAGAAAUAUUGAUGUGCGAAAUGCGUUUUACACGGAAACUGUGGACGAUAUGCACCAUAAGCGUUCUCUUGAUAUUCUACAAAACGACAGAUAUUGGCAGGAAUGAAGUGCAUAAGAGAACUGGAUUGACAGGGAACUCUAGGGCGAUCAGCACUCGACUGAUGGCCAACGGCUCCGAGAUGCUCUUCGGCAGUGCUGUCAGUGACCUGAGUGACCCGGGAGCGGAUUGGAGGCUGAACACCACCCUUGUGACCAUGAUCAGGAAGGACAUACUUCGCUUCUUGGAUGCGGAGCGAGAUGUGUCUGUUAUCAAGAGCGGUUUUAAGCCGGGCGACACGUACCACUACGUUCUGGACAGACGCAGGACCUUCAAUGUUUCUCAGACUCUAUACAGUUUACUUCCCGAAGUCUCUCCUCUGAAGAACAAGACGUUCAGGACAUGUGCUGUGGUGGGAAACUCAGGCAGCCUCCUGAAGAGCGGAUGUGGGAAGGAAAUAGAUAAGCAUGAUUUUGUUAUACGAUGUAACCUCGCUCCUCUAGAGCAAUUUGCAGAAGACGUGGGUUUGAGGUCGGACUUCACCACCAUGAAUCCGUCAGUGGUCGGGCGGGUGUACGGAGGUCUCCGGGACGAAGCGGAGCGGGGGAAGCUCCUCCUGCGCUUGCGGCAGCUGAACAGCAGCGUGCUCUGGAUCCCGGCCUUCAUGGUGAAGGGCGGCGAGAGGCACGUCAACGCCGUCAACCAGCUUGUCCUCAAGCACAGCCUGAGGGUGCACAUGGCCUAUCCCUCGUUCCGUUUCAUCCACGCUGUACGAAGGUACUGGCUUACAAAUAAGGUAAAUAUCAAACGACCCUCUACUGGACUGUUGAUGUACACGAUGGCUACACGCUUCUGUGAUGAAAUCCACCUGUAUGGAUUCUGGCCUUUUCCAAAAGACACCGCCGGAAAUCCUGUUAAUUAUCAUUACUAUGACACACUAAAAUAUCGGUAUUUUUCCAAUGCGGGUCCCCACCGCAUGCCACUGGAGUUCAGGACACUCAAAAGCCUGCACAACAGGGGUGCGCUGAAACUCACGACGUCGAGAUGCUCGUAUUCUUGAUACGCAGCUCGCGGGCGAACACUGUGUUAUGAGUUAUGAGGAGUGUGCCUUUACUGAAAACUGUGACCCGCUCAUCUUACGGGACUUUGGAUUGGUUUACUAUUGAAAAUGUGCAAUGUUUUAGAGACUGAAUAAUCUACUCUUGUUUCAAAAUGACAGGCGAAACUUCGUGCUUUGGGUAACACUUUACUUGAAGGGGUGUUCAUAAGACUGACAUGACACCUUCAUAAUCAUGACAUGACUUAGCUU